AUGGCUGAUGGUGACGCAGCUGGUGCUGAGUGGCGGGGUGGUCAAGCGGCGUCAGCUGUAUCGAAGGAUCUGAAAACGCUGCUGACGAACGAGAAUGUCGCGUCGAUUUUGCCUCACCGAUACCCCUUCUUGCUGGUGGAUAAAGUGAUUGAAAUGGAGCCGGGGAAGAAAGCUGUGGGUAUCAAGCAAAUAACGGCAAAUGAACCGCAGUUUACAGGUCAUUUCCCAGAGCGACCAAUCAUGCCCGGAGUCCUUAUGGUGGAGGCCAUGGCUCAGCUCUCAGGCGUGCUCUGCUUGCAGCCUCCUGUCUCUGACGGCAAAGGUCUCUUCUUUUUUGCCGGUAUCGAUGGGGUCAAAUUUCGAAAGCCUGUGGUGCCGGGGGACACUCUGGUCAUGGAGGUGGAACUGGUCAAGUUCAUGGAGUCGUUUGGCAUAGCCAAGCUGAAGGGGAAGGCGUACGUCGAUGGCGACGUGGCCGUCGAAAUCAAGGAGAUGACUUUUGCCCUGUCCAAGUGA